AUGCGGCCUUUGCCAGUAUCCUCAGACAUCCCUACCAUCUUUCCAGACUCUCCUCCGGAAUCUCGGUCACACUCUCCAUCCACUAAAGCUGCAGCAACAUCCGUCUCCACUGUCCAGGGAAAUCCGCUCUCAUACUCACCGCCUCACCUGGAUACAUUCAAGUGGUUUGACAAUGUUCUCUUCGAGCUGAACAGUGUCUUCCUGUCGUCUCCCGACGGUUCGGAGGUUGACAAGCGCACCAAGGGAAUACGAUACGAUGUCAUCACGUCUUUGGCUUGGUCCAAAUUUGAAAAAGGCCUCAUCACCGUCGAAGAUUGCCAAGCGCAGAUCUCUGCGAAGUUAGAUUUCUCGGAAGCCGAGGUUGCAGAUGCAGUCGACUCAGCAAUGUUAUGGCGUAUAUCACCAGAGAUGCUGGCCCUAGCAAUGGAGCUUCGAAGCACGCACAGCAUCUACGCCGUCGGGAAUCUACCGCAGCCCGUUUUUGACAGACUCAAAACACUCCAUGAACCUUUAGAUCUUUUCAACGAUAUCUUCAUUUCCAGCAAUCUGAACGAACGUUUACCACAUCCCGCGAUACUGAAGAAAGCCCUGAAUGCUGCUGAUUUAGACCCCGAAAGGACUCUCUACAUCGGCAGCCACAUCGACAACGUGAUCACUGCGCGUUCUUUCGGUUUCUACGGUAUCACAUGUGGCGACCCCCUCGAGUGCAUCGCGCACGCUCUCCAACUUUGCCGUGAGCCCAUCGCUAAAGCCAAAGCCUGGCUGAAGAGCGAGGCCGGCAAGCUCGAUCUAGAAACAAGUCUCGGGAUCACCGUCAAGGACGCCUAUAUGCAAUAUUGCAUCUUGGACGCCACAGAUGAUAAGUCCCUCAUCUACUACGAUCCGGACCAACGUCUUUUUAGCUGGUACUAUGGCCCUAUACCCAGUGGUCUCAAGGAAUUUCCGCCAGAUGUCGACUGCAACUCUUUGGCCUACUCGGUCUUCGACCACCUUGAUGAUGGGGCAAGACAAGGUGUGAUGGAUCAAAUGCUUCAAUACGUGGACUCAGAAGGAAUCUUGCAAGGCUACCUCUCCGACGACAAAGUCCGCGUCGAUAUUCUAAUGUGCGUCAACGGUCUCGCACUCUUCAAUGAAUACGGUCGCGGUCACCAGCUUGCAGCAACUGAAGAGUGGAUCUUCAAGGUGUUGGACACCCGCGCUUUCAGAGAUGGAACGCACUACUACCCUUCCCCGGACGUCUUCCUCUACUACGUCUCGCGUCUGCUACGAAAGGCUCCUAAUCUCCGCCAGCGCUUUGGACCUGUGCUGCGAGAUUGCGUGCUAGAGAGGAUGGAGGCCGAUGGCGAUGCGCUGGCGCUUGCUUCUAGGCUGAUUGCCGCGGCGAGAUGCGGAGUGAGGAAUGAUCGCAAUAUGGAGAGGUUGCUUGCGCUGCAGAGAGAAGAUGGGAGCUGGGAGGCUGGGGUUGUAUACCAAUUCACCCGGGUAUCUGGCGUGGCGUGGCAUCAGGGAUUGACUGUUUCUCUGGCUGUUCUGGCGAUUGAGGAGUGGGAUUAUCUGCGUCGGGGAUGA